CACCAGAAGAAGAGAUUUUGUGGUAGGGCUAACCUGCUAGCAGAGAAGACAGUUGCUUUGCAAGUGAACUGCUGGUAACUUUUGCAACAUGCUUCUGCAGAAGGUCAGGCCAUGGCUGCUCCGCUGCAGAAGCGUUGGCUUGGCCUCCUCCAGGACUUACUAUGGGGACCAAGUAGCGACGCUCGGCUCGGCCCCUGACUCCCAGUCUGCGGACUACCAGAAAAAUUAUGAGCAAAUGCAAGCUCUCGUUGAAGAACUAAAAACCCGGUCAGAGAAGGUCAAACUUGGUGGAGGAGAGAAGGCCAGGAACCUUCACGUAUCUCGGGGCAAGCUCCUACCCAGAGAACGCAUAGACAGACUUCUGGAUCCUGGGACGCCAUUUUUGGAGUUCUCCCAGUUUGCAGCAUAUCAGUUGUACGGCAAAGAAGAGGUCCCAGCUGGGGGUAUCAUCACUGGAAUCGGACGGGUUUCAGGAGUGGAGUGUGUCAUUGUUGCCAACGACGCCACAGUCAAAGGAGGGACAUACUACCCUGUUACAGUGAAAAAGCACCUCCGCGCACAGGAAAUAGCCCAGCAGAACCACCUGCCGUGCAUAUAUCUAGUGGAUUCCGGCGGAGCCAAUCUGCCCAGGCAGGCCGAUGUCUUCCCUGACAGGGAUCACUUUGGAAGGAUCUUUUUCAACCAGGCAAGGCUGUCAUCCGAGGGUUUGGCCCAGAUCGCGGUGGUGAUGGGCUCCUGCACCGCCGGCGGAGCCUACGUACCAGCCAUGGCCGACGAGAGCAUCAUCGUGCGCAAGCAAGGAACCAUUUUCCUGGGAGGACCGCCUCUGGUGAAAGCUGCCACCGGAGAAGAGGUGUCUGCUGAAGACCUGGGCGGGGCUGAUCUUCACUGCAGGAAGUCUGGCGUUACGGAUCACUACGCCUUAGACGACAACCACGCUCUACACCUGGCGCGGAAGGCCGUCCGGAACCUCAACUACAGGAAGAACAUGGAGGUGACCAUCGAGCCGUCAGAGCCCCCUCUCUACCCGGCAGAUGAGUUGUACGGCAUCGUCGGGGCAAAUCUCAAGCGUAACUUUGAUGUUAGAGAGGUAAUUGCCCGGGUCGUGGACGGGAGUAAAUUUGAUGAGUUCAAAGCGUUCUACGGGGAUACGCUUGUUACAGGUUUUUCCAGAAUCUUCGGCUACCCCGUUGGAAUCAUCGGCAACAAUGGAGUGCUGUUUUCAGAGUCUGCGAAGAAGGCGACCCAUUUUAUUGAGCUAUGUUGUCAGCGUAAGAUCCCACUCAUUUUCCUGCAAAACAUAACCGGCUUCAUGGUGGGCCGUGAGUACGAAGCCGGGGGUAUCGCUAAGGACGGAGCCAAGAUGGUGAUGGCGGUCGCCUGCGCCGACGUGCCCAAGAUCACAGUCCUCAUCGGGGGAUCCUACGGAGCGGGGAACUACGGCAUGUGUGGGCGGGCUUACAGCCCAAGGUUCCUCUACAUGUGGCCCAACUCGAGGAUCUCUGUGAUGGGGGGGGAGCAGGCUGCCACAGUGCUAGCAACCAUCACUAAGGACCAGAAGGCCCGCGAGGGCAAAGAGUUCACGGCAGAACAGGAGGCUGCCAUGAAGGAGCCAAUAGUGCGUCGCUUCGAGGAGGAGGGGAACCCCUAUUUCAGCAGUGCCAGGCUGUGGGACGACGGCAUCAUCGACCCGGCGGACACCCGGCUGGUGCUGGGGCUGAGUCUCAGCGCCGCGCUCAACGCACCCAUGAAGAAGACCCAGUUUGGCGUGUUCCGGAUGUAGCGCUCUGCCGGUCGGCUUCGCCCCCCCCCCCCCCCCCCCCCCCGCGUGUGCUUUGACGAAUCCACGGACUGUGGAGUGAUGGGGACGGUUACCGGUGUGGAGAGAGUGAUAUUAAUAUAGAUUUAUUGGACACCAUGACAGGAUAUCUGCGGUGCCCGGAACACUGUUAACUGCCUUUUUAAUGGGCGCCUUUCCCGCACUAGGCGACAUUAAGAACCACCAUAAUGACUUCAUGUUGUAAUCGUAAGCUUUGUGUGUGUGUUUCACAAAAUGAUUUUGUAAGUUAGGAAAAACACGAAAAUAAGUGGUCAUUUAAAACUUUUUGGGAAUAAAUGUCAUGAUUUUCCUGUAUGGUCAA